UGUGUUUCAGCGGUCAAAAACAAUUGUAGGCUAAUUCAUCUAACACAUCAAUCAUUCGGACAUCUCAUUUAACAUAAAACGUUUUAAUGGCGUAAAACACCCCUUCGUUAUCAUUUUCAGUGAUCGCCGAGCUCCCAUCCAUCAAUCACUCAACGUGCGCUCCCAGGUGUGGUGACGAUAACAACACGGAAGUGUGUUGUCAACAGUGCAGGGAGCCGCUGGAGUGGACCGUCCUCAGUCAGGCACGAUGUCCAACAACGACGAUAUCCGAUACUGUCAGCAAUGCUCCUACAUUUUCCUGAAAUUAAUCCUGUUCAGUUAUGCCAUCAUCUGGUGGUUGAUAGGCGGCUUUAUCCUGGCCAUUGGUAUCUACGCUGAGGUGGAGAGACAACGCUUCAAGACACUGGAGGGAGUGUUUUUGGCCCCAGCUAUAAUCCUGAUCGUUCUGGGAAUCCUUAUGUUUAUUGUUUCGCUCAUUGGAGUCUUGGGCUCACUGAGGGAUAAUAUAACCCUACUGAAAGUGUUCAUGUACACCCUGUCUCUGUGUCUGUUCCUGGAGCUGCUGGGAGGAAUAAUGGCGCUGAUGUUUCGCAACCAGACAUUGGAGUUACUGAACAAGAACAUCCGAAAAGGCAUAGUGAACUACUAUGAUGACCUGGACUUCAAAAACAUCAUGGACUUUGUACAGAAGAAGUUUAAGUGUUGUGGAGGUCAAGAGUAUUCGGACUGGUCGGUCAACAUGUACCACAACUGCUCUGCCCCUGGUCCAUUGGCCUGCGGUGUCCCUUAUACCUGCUGCAUAACUACUAAGCCUAAUGAAGUGGCCAACACUAUGUGUGGGUACAAGGUGUUGGAAAAAACGCGUUUGGACUUGAUUGAAGCCAUCCAUAUCAGAGGCUGCACUGAUGCUUUCUUCAUCUGGCUGAUGGACAACUAUAAGAUUAUGGCUGGACUGCUAUUAGGGAUCCUUCUGCCUCAGUUCUUUGGUGUGAUAGUCAGCUGGCUGUACAUCACUCGUGUUGAAGACGCCAUCAGUGAGUACGGUAACUACAUGGACCUACUGGACUCGAGCGCAGAUGAAAGAAAAACCAAGGAGCAGGGCCGCAUGGGCAAAUGGUUUAGGUGUAUGCCAGAGAUCGACUGAUGGAGCGAAAAACAAAAAGCAGCAAAAGGACUCCAUCCAACACUCACAGUUGGUUAAAUCACUCCAGUCAAUCCAGAUACUGCUGCAGCCACCGUGGGAGCCUUUGAACUGCAGGAUUACUACAUGCUCACUCUGCUGUGGAGAAGAAAAAUGUGUUGAUGUUUUUUCAUUUUUGUUUGUUUUUGGGAAGAAGGAAUUAUUCAGCAACCAGAUUUUUGAGAGUUUGAUAUUCAAGUGUCAGUAACUUUUUCAGUUUAACUGUAAACUUACUGCUUGUAUACAACACCACAAUGUUUGCAGGGCUCACUGUGGUGUUAACUAUUAAUUACUGCGUUAACAUACAGUGUACUACUAAUGCAUGAGUGGGAAAAAAGAGCUCAUUUAGGUAUAGCUGGUGCUUUUAGCUGCAUUGUGCCCAAAAGAGUCUCAGGGAUAAACUCAGAAACCAAUUGAACCACUUUUGCGUCUGAUUUUAUAAUAUGACAUUUAUUUCCAAUACACAACCACAAUUUACAGCACUGACCUUUAUCUUACUUUUUAUACCUGUGUUUUUGCUACAAAUUAAAGCGAUGCUUGGCUCCUUUAUACAACCACUGGUAAAGCAGGUCCUAUCAUCCAACCACUACCAUUUCCAAAAUCUCCAAUGCAAGCUAUUGUAUUUUAAGACACCAUUUCUGUCAUUUGAAAGCAGGACGUGUUUGCCUUAUUUGUAUAAAGACUUGAGGUUUGAGACUGUAGAAUAAGUCUUUAGUACCCUGCACAUCCACUUAUGACCACAAGUGCUCACUGAACUUUUAUGUGUCCAGGACAACAAGGGAUGUUUGUAUUGCUCACAUUUUCUUCAUCAAAGUCUUAACUUUGACUCUUCAAAACACACGUCCUGAUCAUCUUCAGUCAACUUACUGGUAUAAUGAGAAAAUUAAAAAGCUGACCUGACACACAGUCUGCUUCAGAUGAUCAGUUUUAUGUCGAUUUUAAAGCAACACCAAAGAUUCUUUUGUACCUUUUAAAAUAAUGUUCUUCACUUCUGCAUUCGCUUUGCGACCCUCUAUCGGCUAUAACCGCACUAUGCAAGUUUGCCAGAUCGGGUGACCGGAGUUUAAAAUGCCAACACAAAGGAAGCCCAAGGCAGCAGCAUAUCUGGUCAAAAUUAGUGAAAUCCAGCGGAUUUUCCGGUGGCAACGGCGCAAUCCCGGAAGUGGAACGUCAAGGAUAUAGACUACCACUGCCAUAACAAAAGGAUAUCUCAGGAUUACAGUAAAGACGUACAGCAACCCUGUCUCCUAUAGCUUUACAUACUUCUAAAUUGCAAUCUGUGAGACACACAUUUUAUUUUUUAUCAACAUGACAAAACAUUUUAAGGAUAAAGUGGCAAAAUGUUCACACAGAACAUACCUCUAGUUACAAAACCUUGUGACUUGAAGCACAAGUUAUGACGUGUGUCAAUGUCCUAUUGUUUUGCUCUAUCCACCCAGAACACCUCCCUGCAACGUUUACAUGUCAUACCACACUUGAAACAAUGUUUCCAUUAAACAUAAUCCAGGUAGCAAUUAAGUUUCUAAACAGAUUUAAUUCGAAAUUAAUUCAAAGUAUAAUUUCUAGGAGACAGGGUUGCAUAUAUAAAUAUUAAUGCAUAUUCAAAUUGGCUAGCUAGAGCAUCCUAAAACAUAUAAUCCAGUGUGUGUGUUUUUUAGUUUUACACAUAUGCACUUGUUAUGACGUGCAUGAAAAAUGUGAAUUUAAUGUGCUACUGAACUUCGUUUGGUUUGAUGUGAAGUUGGAAACUGAGACCAAAUAGGUAAUCUUUACAUUUUACAUUUUAAAUCUCCUUUGUGAUUUUUUUUGUGACUUCACUAAUGAUAUAGUAUAUACUGUAAUGUACUUACAUCACUGCUAAAACAUGUUUGCAAGCAUUUCAAAUUGGUUCUUUUCAGUCUCAUUGCUUCUAAUCAACAGGACUUACCAAGGUUUCCAUGUUGGCCUUGUUUGCACUGGAGGGUCAAAUAAAGAUUGCCAGGACUUUAUCCUCACUAGUAUGGUCACAAAUCAGUGCCAAAUAUCUAUUAAUGCAGAAUAAAUUAACUCAGCUCAUGUUCAUCUUGCUGCAUUCAUAAAUCAAAUUUGCAGGCUUUUUGAAGCAUCUCUAUUAGUGUUACAGUUGUUUUUAGUCGCUAUGGUACCAUUAUCAAUAGUAUGGUGUAGUGUUUCAAAAAUUCUAAUUACAAGACUCCCAACUGAUCGUACUUGUAAAUCAUUAAACCUUGCAUUCAAAGCAACUGAUUCUUCUUUCAUUUGGCUUGUAAAUAUAUUUCACUACAAGAUCAAUGUUUCAACCACUAAGUUUCUGGUGAAAUACGAGUACAUUUAAGUCACCUAAACAUGUCAUAGUACAAUUCUUUCAGUUAAGUUAUUAUAACAAUCACUUAGUUCAAGACCAAAUAAUGUAAAAUACAUGUUUCAAAAUUACCCUUUAAAGUGCUAAAGAUGAUCUGUUUGCUUCACUGUUUUCACCUUACAGUAGGCAAAAAUGUAACCGUACUUUACCCAUCCAAUUCAACAACAAACCAUUUCUAUAAUUCCUAUCCCAUAAUCACAAGUGCGAUCAAUGAAGAUCUCUUCCCCCAUCAGCGAUGCAACAAACUUUUACUGUAUUGCAACCUCACUGUAGGGUUUGUCUAAUCAAAUACUGUAAAAACACUAACGGAACUGAAAGAAAAUUGUUAACCGUAAAUACUGUAAAGGUUUUCUGUAGUACACGCUACAUUACACUAAUCUGCAUCAAUUCGGUCUUCUGGAUUCGGCCAUAAGUACUCAUCCACAUCACAAUGUAUGUUUUCAUAGUUCACGCACCUUGGGAAAAAUCUUCUUGAAUGUCGAAUCCAAGCCGGACAUUGGUCAGCAGUAAUGUCAUCCCAAGCCUCAUCCACACUAUUGUGUUGUAAACACUGUAAUCAUUGCAGUGGUCCUUUGUGGCGCUGAUGGAUUGAGCACUACUAUAAAUUACCAACACUAGGUUGUGGGUUGAAAUCCCACCAAAGUCACAUAAAAAUCUUACACCUAAGGGUGGUGAUUCUCAAGUUUUACAUUGGACUAUAAUAGGCAAAAAAAAAAACAUACAUACAGUAUAUUAGGCAAAUGUUUCAUUGACUAUCAGUUAUGAACAAUGAGCAUAAUGUUAGUAAAACGUAUUUUAACAAGAAGAAAAUCCUAUCCGAAGUUAUGCAUGUACUUUGUACGUAGUGUAUUUCAAUGUGAAACUGGUCUUUGUAGAUGGUUUUUGUACGCAGUCAAUGGCAGAUGUACUUAGAGUUGUGAAAAGAGGUAGUUUUUGAUGAGCUGUUGGUUUAUUUGUACUUAAGGUAGUGAAAUAUUACCCCGUACUUUUGAGAAUAGUACCAUAGCAUCAGAAAAAACUAAUAAACAGGUAACAGGUCAGGUUCAACAUACAGUAACAUACAACAGCUUCAUGCUGGUCAAACAGCACUGAGAAGAAAAUUUCUGAGUUUUAUGACAUAAUGGAUUUGGAAGUAAAGACUUAUUUUUUGGUUUCCACCCAGGUAACUUCAUUUGUCUGACUCAUUACAUCAGACAUAUUGAAUGGUUAAAAGUAUUAUCUUGGCUAAUAAACGUGCAGGUCAGUCCAGGUUAUCAAGGGAAAUGACCGUAUGAAACUAUCAGCAAUUUUUCUUUUUUCUUACUAAAAUGUAUUGACCCGGCUCUGAAAGAAAAUAUAACUAUUCUUUACAUUUUAUUGCCUUUGUUUUGUCAUUAACGUUUGUGAAGUCUGAUCAUACUGUGUAAUACUUAUAACCAAAGAAAGUCCACACAGUAAUGUGUACAGCAUGGAAGUUGUUUUUUAAACAUGUUAGAUAUGACCUAAAGAAUAUUGCAGAGUGAGAUGACCUUUCUGUAACUAUCAGUCUACAAUCACAGGACUUACACAGUUUAAGUGGCAAUGUUGUCGCUUUAAAGGAAUAAGCCAGAUGUAUAUCCAAAAUUGUCUUAUGAGUUUCAUAUUUGCGAGGACAUUCACCACUUUUAUGUAUGCCAUCUACUGUGUGCAUGUAGUUCGUCAUGUGCUAUAUACAGGUGCAUACAUUCAGUACGUCUGUGGCCUUACUGGGAAUUGCAUCACCGAUUUUUAAUCAUUUAAUGCAUUGUCAGUUCACUGAUUUGCACAAACCACAUUUAUUGAAAGAAGUAUGUUGUCAAGUUGUUUUGCCUGGUUUGGGGUGGAAAAUAAAAUGAUUUAAUACUGUU